GUUUCAGUCUGCGCGAGUAGCCAGAAGAGGCCGAGUUGUUUAUACGAAGCUAUGAGCUCUUCUUUAUAUAUCUGAGUGUGUCUCAUACACACACUGCAGGAUGCCAAUUCCUCCCCCACCUCCACCCCCCACAUGCAGCCAGGCGAACACCACUCCACCUAAACUGUCUCAGGAUGAAGCGAAAGGCAGAGGAGCGUUACUCUCCGAUAUCUGCAAAGGGACAAAACUGAAGAGAGUGGGCAUGGUUAAUGACCGCAGUGCUCCCAUGAUCGAGAAGCCCAAAGAAGGUGGAGCUAGCAGUGGAAGUGUGCCCAAUGCUGGGGGUGGAACCAGUGGUGGAGCCUUGUCUACAGGAGUGCAGCAGCCAAUGGGAGGCUUGUUUCAAGGUGGAGUGCCUAAACUAAGACCUGUGGGAGAUGCUUCUGUGGGCAGAUCUUCACUCCACCCCCCCUCAUCGCGCUCUGCUGCGCCUCGACCUCCUGGUUCCCCUGACAACAGCGAUACACCAUCCCACCAGUUAUCUCCCUCUCCCCCACCUCCUGCAAGUCGUCGCGGCAAUGCUCCACCUACUCCUUCUCAGAAAUGUGCCACACCUACUUACAAUCGUGACAAGCCCCUCCCUCCCACUCCAGCUCCACCUCCCCCUCCAGUGAAACCACCUCCUUCUCCAGCAAGCAGUCGCUCUUCGUCUUCAUCUUCACUAGCACCACCUCCUCCCCCACCUCCGUAUCGCCAGCAGCUGUCUGUAUCUAAUGGAUCAUCUGGUCCGGUGAACGAACUUGCCCCUGAAUUGCCGCAGAGGCACAACUCCUUAAGCAAAAAGCCCCCGGCUGGAGGACACACCUCUACUCGAGCUCAUGCCCCGCCCCCUCCACCACCAAGCCCCUGCCCCUCCCCCGCUUUCUCCCGUCCUCCUCCUCCAGUACGUGAUCCCCCUGGCCGUGGAGCAGCUCCACCAGUACCUGCACAGAUGUUACGGAAUAGCCGUGAAGCUCCGCCUCCUCCUCCAUAUCGAACACAUUCCGACGCUCCCAAUAGGGGUAAACCUCCCCCUCCACCCUCACGCUCACCUGCUGGAGCUCCGCCUCCUCCGCCACCUACUCGAAAUGGCCACACCCACAAUUCCCGCUCUUUUGCAGAUGAUUUUGAAUCAAAAUAUUCUUUCCAUCCCCUGGAUGACUUUCCACUACCAGAUGAGUACAGACACUUCACUAAGAUUUACCCCAGCAAAGCCACUAGAGUAAUGAGAGGAGCUCCUCCGCUUCCUCCAGUGGGCCGGUGAACACUGUGAGCAGUCUCUUGCACGCACACACACACAUAUACAUGCACACACACACUACACAAAUCCUGCACCUUAUUGACCAUGUCUCGCUCUACAUUCCCUGUGGGUGUGACCCAACUCCACCUGAUUCUCUGCUUCACUCACAGGGGAUGUUUUAUGACCAUGUAAAGUUGAUGUACACGUUAAACUGUGAUGCCUAAAUAGAGGAAAAAGUAAUAAAAAUUUGGUACACAAGCUUAUUAGUAAACAUUAUAUGUCUGGGUUUCCAUUCGCUGUAUUUUCCUGCUGGAGACACAGUCAAUCAAUUAAAGCACAUAAACAUUUCAAACUAAGUAAACUGCAAAUAUAUUUUUUUAAAGUAAGCAAAGAUCCUUUCCGCAUGUCUCUAGAAUAGAAAAAGUGUAAAUUAUAGCUGUUUAAGUGUGAUGUCACUGCUGAUUCUCCCAAAUAUCAUUACCUGCUGCUACGCUCUGUUUCAUAUCCUGUAUUGUUCUCCACAAAAUCACAGCUACAGUUUUUCAGAUCACAAGACGAAAAAUUAACGUGAAUAGUUUGCUUAAUCGUUCCCAAAUCUCUUUAAGACAGUUAGAAAUGUACAUGUCAUGAGGUAGAUAACUAGCAUUAAACUAGUACCAAGUGCUGUAAAUAUAAAUAUUAAAAUGUCCUCAGAUGCUUAAUUCAAAAAUUCAGCUCUCCUCUUACUUUUAGAGCUAAAGGCAGCUGAUCCCUAGAUCUAGUGGCAUAUAUUUCACUGUACAAUCUCGUGGUUGAACAAUGGCUUUUCACUGCAUGCUGUGUGAUUGUGUAUGUGACACAAUUUGAAAUCUGGCCACUUGAUGUCACUAUUGCAGCAUUAAUCUCUGUUCCCCUGUCAAGUGUGAUAUUAAGGUCAUUACAUUUAUGCCAUUUGGCAGACACUCUUAUCUUAUGUACAGCAGUUUAGGGCCUUGACCACGGGCCCAACAGUGGCAGUUUGGUGGGAUUUGAACUCACAACCUUCAGAUCUGUAGUACAACACUUUAACCAGUGAUCUGCCCAUUAACAGUGUUAAUGUAACAGGUUUAAUAGCCAGCAUGUUGUCUUUAGAGAAAAAUGUGUUUAUGAUGAAAUUUUGAUGAAUAAUUAAUCAAAUUUUACUUCACAUUAUCUUCAGUGCCAAGACGACCUGGAGGUUCUGUUUCAGUCUGGUUUAAAAUACAUGCUUUAUUUUGUUUGUGUCUUCCUGUCAGUCUGCACUGUGAUUAUUAGUGUAGUGAAAGUACAUUAACUUCUGUACCACUAAAUUACACAAACAAAUUGGAACUGAAAUAUUUGUUUAUUAAUUUAUUUAUUUUAGAUAUUUUAUAUGCUCAGUCACUCAUCCACUGAAUCACAUCUACAUUAUAAUAUGAACUUAGUCUUAUCUCAUUUCUUUUCACUUGAGUUGCUUUAUUGACAUUAUAAACUUUAUUUUUUUUAUCUUUAUGGACGACAUCUUUUAAUGAUGUGUAGUGUUUUGUAUUCUUGUCUUUGUUGUCAUUUAUACCUACAAGGGAAUUCCAGCUUGUGUUCAUCUUCCAUGUGUUAUGCCUUAAUAAAGAUGGAAUGCAGCUUUUUAUUGUAUUAACAUGUAUUCGUACCUGCUGAGAGAACCCACAGUUCCCUGUAGUCCUGUUCCAUUACAACCUUGUAUUAAAGGCAUGUCAUGUGUUUGGGACUGACUCGGACCAGCACUGGGAUCGUCUGUGCUUUUCACUGUAAGUUUACUGUAUGACAUCACUUCCUGUCUAAAGGAAAUGUAAACAUUAAAAAAGUCAGAAAUGUA